CUCACUCCCCAUAUAUUUUCCACAACCUGUCUUACAAACACUUCAAUAUUCUACUUGCAUUCAAUUCCUUUUCAUAACUCUUCAAAAUUUCUUCAUCCUGUCACAAAAAGCUCCAGGCUUAAAAAUGUGUUCCCCUAAGUUAAAACUUCAAGAAACAGGUUCUUUCGACAUCAAUGGCCGUCGGGUUCUGCAGCCAACUUGCAACAGAGUUCCACUGUCAGAACGUCGCAGUUCACUAAAGAAAAACUUCACAAAAUCUGUCAUCACACCAAAGAUCCAACCAAGUAACAUCACCACUACUACUAAUGUCAGUCCUAAAGUUAGGCCUUCAGUAAUUACCCCACCUAUAUCUCCUAAGCUAAAAUCGCCACAACAGCCAGCAACUAAGCUAGUCAAUGAUCCAAAUGGACUGAGUUCUAGUACUGAGAAUGUAGUGACGACACCAAGAAGCACAAGCAAAGUUGUGACACCAGUAAAAAGGUCGAAAAAAAGUGUACCUUCCGUGGACACUACUACAUUGAAUUACUCAUCUUCAUCCAUUGUAGAGGCUCCUGGAAGUAUUGCUGCAGCAAGGAGGGAACAAGUAGCGAAUAUGCAAGUGCAGCGGAAAUUGAAAAUCUCUCAUUAUGGAAGAACAAAGUCUGCAAGGUUUGAAUCCGCAGUAGUACCCCUUGAUGAUGCUUCAACAACUGCUCCAGAGGAAAAAAGAUGCAGCUUUAUUACAUCUAAUUCUGACCCUAUCUAUGUUGCUUACCAUGAUCAAGAAUGGGGCGUUCCUGCUCAUGAUGACGGGCUGCUGUUUGAAUUGUUAGUAUUAACUGGUGCACAAGUUGGAACAGAUUGGACUUCAGUUUUAAAGAAAAGGCAAGAAUUCAGGGAUGCUUUCGCAGAAUUUGAUGCAGAAACCGUCUCAAAAUAUUCUGAGAAGAAAAUCACAUCAAUCAGUGCUAAAUAUGCUAUAGCAGUGAGCCAAGUUAGAGGAAUUGUAGACAAUUCCAUCCGGAUACUCCAGAUAAAGAAGGACUUCGGAUCUUUUGACAAGUAUUUAUGGGGAUUUGUUAAUCACAAACCAAUUGUGACUCAAUACAAAUCAAGCCAUAGAAUGCCUGCGAAGACAUCAAAAGCAGAAAGUAUAAGCAAAGACAUGGUAAAGAAAGGAUUCAGGCUAGUCGGACCAACUGUCAUACAUUCCUUCAUGCAAGCGGCUGGCUUUACAAAUGAUCACUUAACAACUUGCCCACGACACCUCCAAUGCCUUGCAUUGGCAUCUCAGACUGGGACCUUUGUAGCGGCAGCUCUAUAAGAUUAUAUAAUAUAUUGAAAAUGAGAUGAGAAUGACCUUUUAUCAUACCACUGUCAUAAAAUCUUGUCCUCCACUGACCCAAGACCUUUUUUUGUGACGAAGGGUUGUUACAUAAUCAAUUAAAUGCAAUUUUUCCAGA